AUGAGAUUUUGGCAUUCACCUAUAUAUGUAUUUAAAUAUUCAUUUAAUGAUGUUACCUCAACUUUUUGGAAUCGUUACCCAAAUGAUUUUGCUAAACAUAUUAUGAGUGAAGAUAUAUUAGAAAGAAGAAUUGAGGGUAAUAAAAUUUAUACAAAAAAACUUAUUGUUAAACGAGGUUCAUCGUUUUUAAAAUAUGUACCUUCUUGGUUGUGUUCAUUAAAUUCAAUUAAAGUUAUGCCUGUUAUUGAAGAAAGCAUUUUUGAUAAAGAUAAUAAAACAUUAAAAACUUAUACAAGGAAUGUGGCUCAUCGUAAAAAUUUUAUGAUUGAAGAACGAUGUGUUUAUUCGCCAAAUAAAGAUGAUUACAAAUCAUCUACAGAUGUCAAAAGAUCAGUUGUAGUGGAUGUUGACUUUGGAACGAUCUCAAACAUAGUUCAAAGAUUUAUUUUAAUUGGGUUUAAAAGAAGUGUUAAAAAUACAAUUCUUGGCUUCAAUCAAAUAUUAGCUGAAAGAAAUAAUAAAAAAACAGAAAAAGAUAAUUAUUUUAAAGAUGAAGUUAAUUUGAAAAUUGAGAAAGCUAAAGAAAAGUAUAAAUUAUUAAAUAACAAGGACAAACAAAACUUUUAUUAG